AUGGUCAAAUUAUUAUCAAGAAGUUCAACAUCGACGAAUAUUUAUGCUAGUGGAGAUGAAUAUUCUAAAUCGAUUAAAAGUAAAAAAAUUCAUUGUUGGUUUAUAAAAAGAAGACGAAAUGAGAUAGAUAAUUAUUCAAGUGAUUCUCUUAAAGUUAAUAUUAAUGAUUUGGCUGAUAUUGAAGAAUUGAAGAAAAUUUCUAUUCAUCCACAACAAACCGAUUUUUCAUCAUCAUCUAUUAGCCAUCUACAUAUUCUUAAUGAAUUCCGUAUGAAUUCUACAGAAAUUCUUAGGAUUCUUAGUCAAAAAAAUAUAGAACCAUAUUUAUCUCAAUAUUGUGAACAAGAUACCGGUCGAAAAUUACUUUCUAUUGCUGCUGAAACAGGUUGGUAUGAAGGUGUUCUUUUUCUACUGAAUCGUGAUGUAAAUAUUAACGAAACUGAUCGAGAAAAUCGUACAGCUCUAAUGGAUUGUCUUACAUCCAUCAACAUACAUAUUAUGAAUGCUCUUGUUAAAAAACGUGGAUGUAAUCUUGAUAUACAAACAUUAAGUGGACAUACAGCUGCCCAUUAUGCAGUUAUGAUGAAUAAAAUAUCUUUCUUCGAAAUUUUGAUAAAAUCAGGUGCUCGUCUUGAUCUUUGUAAUAAUAAAGGCGAAAAUGUUUUACAUCAAAUAAUUGAGUACAAACGUAAAGAAUGUUGGAAAAUAGUUAAACAUUAUUCCUAUGAUUUAAACUAUCUUAAAUAUUUAAUUAAUUCAAAAACAUAUGAACAUAAAACUUGUCUAACAUUAGCAUUUGAACAUCGACCAAACAUUUAUUUUUUUCGCGAACUUUUGUCAUAUUCUGAUGAUAUAACAUUAAUCAAUAUUGAAAUGUAUCAAUCAUGGUCAAAAGCAUAUAAACUUAUUAAGAAAUUUAUUUCGUUAUAA